CGAGUCAUGAUGGUUGAAUCUGCCUCGGAGACGAUACGUUCCACUCCCUCUGCCCAGAACGGGGUGAGCAGCCUGAGCCAGCAGCCGGAUGGCGGCGGGGGCAGCGCGGGGGGCGGCGGGCGCGACGGACCCGCCGGCGAGGCCAACGGAGAGAUGAGCCCCGUGGAGCUCCUGCACUUCCAGCAGCAGCAGGCUCUCCAGGUGGCACGCCAGUUCCUGCUGCAGCAGGCCACGGGGCUGAGCUCCCCCAGCAGCAACGAGGGCAAGCAGCCAGCAGUGCAGGUGCCCGUGUCUGUGGCCAUGAUGUCCCCGCAGAUGAUCACGCCGCAGCAGAUGCAGCAGAUCCUCUCUCCGCCCCAGCUCCAGGCCCUCCUGCAGCAGCAGCAGGCAAUAAUGCUGCAACAGCUGCAGGAAUACUACAAGAAGCAACAGGAGCAGCUUCACCUGCAGCUAUUGACACAGCAGCAAGCUGGAAAGCAGCAACCCAAAGAGCCGUUGGGGAACAAGCAGCUGGCCUUCCAGCAGCAGCUCCUGCAGAUGCAGCAGCUCCAGCAGCAGCACCUGUUAAACCUGCAGCGCCAGGGCCUGGUGAGCCUCCCACCAGGGCAGGGCACGGUGCCCCUGCAGACCCUGCCCCAAGCCGUGUGCCCCUCAGACCUCCAGCAGCUCUGGAAGGAGGUCACGGCUGCCCAGCCCGUCGAGGACAGCAUUAAGCAAGAAGGUCUUGACCUCACCACCAACACCUCCAACUCUACCUCGUUUUCGGCCGCCAAGGUCUCGCCUCCCAUUUCCCAUCACCCUCUGCCCAAUGGACAGAGCACCAUGCACACGCCCAGAAGGGACAGCUCUUCCCACGAAGAGACCCCUGGCUCCCACCCACUCUAUGGCCACGGAGAGUGCAAGUGGCCUGGCUGCGAAACCCUCUGUGAGGACUUGGGACAGUUUGUCAAACACCUCAACACAGAACAUGCACUUGAUGACCGAAGCACGGCCCAGUGUCGAGUCCAGAUGCAAGUGGUACAGCAGCUGGAGAUACAGCUGGCCAAGGAGAGCGAGCGUCUCCAAGCAAUGAUGGCCCAUCUUCACAUGAGACCUUCAGAGCCAAAGCCUUUCAGCCAGCCUCUGAACCUGGUCUCCAGUGCCACCCUCUCCAAGAGCACUUCCGACACGUUUCCCGACGGUUUACCUCAUCCCCCCACCUCAGCCACGGCGCCCAUCACCCCCCUGCGGCAGGGCCCCUCCGUCAUCAGCUCUUCCACUUUACACAACGUGGGGCCCAUCCGCAGGAGGAACUCGGAGAAGUUCUGCACCCCAAUAUCCUCAGAACUUGCACAGAAUCACGAGUUCUACAAGAACGCCGACGUCCGGCCGCCCUUCACGUACGCCUCGCUCAUCCGGCAGGCCAUCCUGGAGACCCCCGACAGGCAGCUAACGUUGAAUGAAAUCUAUAACUGGUUCACGCGGAUGUUUGCCUACUUCCGGAGGAACACGGCCACCUGGAAGAACGCCGUCCGCCACAACCUGAGCCUGCACAAGUGCUUCGUGCGCGUGGAGAACGUCAAGGGAGCCGUGUGGACCGUGGACGAGCACGAGUACCAAAAGCGAAGGCCACCAAAGAUGACAGGGAGUCCGACCUUAGUCAAAAAUAUGAUUUCAGGACUCGGUUACGGAGCACUUAAUGCAAGUUACCAGGCUGCGCUGGCAGAGAGCAGCUUCCCGCUGCUCAACAGCCCCACCAUGAUCAACACCAGCUCGGCCAGUGCCAUGCUGCACGUGGGCCACGACGACGUCAGCAGCACCGUGGAGCAGGUCAACAGCAACGGCAGCAACAGCCCGCGCCUGUCCCCGCAGCAGUACAGCCACCCAGUGCACGUGAAGGAGGAACCAGCUGAGGCGGAGGACGACAGCAGACCUGUGUCGCUGAUGGCCACCACCAACCAGAAUGUGACGAUUCCCGACGACAGGGACCUGGAGGAGGAGCUGCCAGUGGAAGACUUGUCCUAAGGACUCCUUCCUCCUCCCCACCGAGGGGCAAACCCUUCCCACCCUCCCGGCCGGAGACCAAGCGACGCUCCCACCUCCCCAAGGUGACCUUCGGCGUUAACCUGUUCUUUAAAGGCACUUCCACGAAGCAAAAGGGUUUCCUUGGGGCAACAACCCGUUGCUGCCGGCGCGUCCCUCGCGCUCCCACUGCCCUGCGCCGCAGCCGGUGACUGACCGACCCCGCCGCGGGCACGUCCCGCGGCACGAGAAGCAGAAACCCAAGAGCUGGACUUUUUCUCCCCUCCUCCCUUGGUUAGUGACUGGUGAACGAGGAUGGUAGGUUGUUUCUGUCCGAAAUGGUCCCUUCCUUCCCUCCCCGUGCGCGGCGGGCGCAGGGAAGGCACCUCUGUCCCCUCCUCCCGCGGUGCUCGGCCGCCCCGAGGCAGCGAUGGCAGGAACCCGCUGUUGGCAGGAACCCGCUGUUGGCAGGAACCCGCUGUCGUCCCUCGGGCCCCCGGUGGGUUUUGCACUAGGAGGGACCGUGGACCCUGCCCACGUGUGCUGCCUCCAGCCAGCUUUGGGGGAAGAAACAGCAGAAACGGGGCUGAGCCCUCUGCCGUGCUCUGGAUGUCGGGCUCACACCGUUGUCUCGAAGCUGGGGAAGGACGAGGACCGGCACGUCAGUGGGACGGGGUCUCCUCUGCCUUGUCACCUCCGGCCAGUUGCUAAACUGCCUGGCAAGCAGAGCGGCCUCCCAGGCUCUGCCCUCCACGGGCUGGUGGGGGCUCCUGGCACCCAGCACUGCUGACCAUCCGCAGCCGACUGCCAGCGCCAGCAGUGAGGACUCGGUUCCCCCCGUCCUGCUCGACGUGGCUGCAGCGGGUGACACCUCCCAGCCCAUGUGGGGAUGGCCAGUGGCCCAACUUCAAUUUCAGGGAAAGGCUCCCGGCCCCCUGCGUGCCCCGUUCCACCUCCAGAGCCCGGGGCAGGGUCUCAGUGGAGCAGGAGGGCAGCAUCCCCCAACACCGAGCCUCCUCCUGGGGGCACCUGCAGAGGAGCUGGGGGUCAUCCCAUCCCGCUGGGAGCAAAGCUGAGCCCAGUGGAUCCCCGUGGUGGCCAAACCUGGCCACGGCCCCCAAGCUGAGCCUGUUGCAGGGGGGCUCCCGCUUUCAUCUUUUCUUUUCCUUAUCCUUUUGUGUGUGUCCAGAUGGGAAGAUACCAAAAGAUUUCUAGAGACAGAAGGUCCGUAGUUCAGGUGAACAGAUGGUAUUAAUGCCAAAAGAAAAAAAUAUUAAUAAUAAUGAGAACAACACAACCAAACACCCCUCUUCUCCCUGCUCUUUUUUUCUGGGGCGGUGAUGUGGGUACCCAGUGCCAGCCUCCUCCUGGCAGGCAGCGUGGCAUCCCCAGUGCCCUGUGCUGGCUUCAGGGAGCAUCACCUUCCCUGGGGAGCAUCACCUUCCCUGGGGAGCAUCACCUUUCCCGGGGAGCAGCACUUUCCUGGCACAGCCAGGCUGGCACUGGCUGUCCUGGCACACAGUGGGGUCUUUAGGGGCUCACUGUGAUGGAUGUGGGGCUGCUCACGUUUUUGAGCCCAGCUCCAGGUUCCCCCAGAGCGAUCCUGAGGGUUGCUCUGUCCCUCCCUGUCCCUGCUACUCCAGGAUGAGACACUGGGGGGCUGUGUCACCCCCACGGGACAUGGGGCUGACACCCUGGGAGCAGUGUUGAAAAUGCAACACACAGCUGUGGGUCACGGGGGGUUGUGUUUGUCUGUCCCCAUGACACCUCUGUGACCUCCCCAAGGGGCUCCUGGUGCUGUGGGGUUUCCCCAGGGUGAGCCCAUACUGGACUCAUCCUUUUCACUGCCUGAAGCAUCCUCGGUACCCAGGUGGCUGCAGAGAAGGGGGGGUGUCCCUGGGUCCCCCCUGCAGCCGGGGGGACGUUGAGCAGAACCCCCCACCCCAGCCCGUGUUCCCCUGUGCCACCCCGUGUGCCACCCCCUGUAUCAUCCCGUGUCACCAUCUGGGGGCUGCCGAGACCCUCGGGGGGCAGCGAGGGGUGACACAGCCCGGUGGGGCUGUUAACGGGGGUCACCGGCACCCUCCCCCCCCGGCUGGGGCUGCAGGGGGGGCCCUUUCCCAUUCCCAAAUCCAGGGUUUUCCCUGCUCCCCCCGCCCUCCCUCCCGCG